AUGGCAACACCUGCCAAAAGCAACGCGGCCAAUGCCAAUCCAGGCGCAACCCCGACGCAAAUAACAUCAUCACCAUAUCCUGCUCCCGCGGCGGUGCCCAUGGGACGGCCGUUGUCACACAUCUCGCCGUCGACGCGUACGCCCUCACACCAGCAGGGACAGCAUCACCUCCACCAAGGACAGCAACACCCACCUACCUCAUCACACUCGCAGCCACCCACACAUCAGUAUACGCCUAUGCUAGACGAUGCAGCAGCGUUUAGCUCACCGUCUGCCCUGUUAGCGCUGGGAUUAUCCGGCAUCACGCCCUCCCCCGGCCCUGGCGGCAUUGCCAUGAGCGCUGGCCUUAGUAUGGGCAUAGGAAUGGGACUAAGCAUGUCUGACACUAUGGGAAUGAGUAUGGGGAUGCCGCUGGACCUCCCCAUGCACACGCUACCUGGAGCAACGGCGAAAGACACUGAAGCAGAAAAACGACGAAACAUGUCUGAAGUGCUCUCCAUGCUACGAUCACGUGUAGCUGGACGUGGUGUAUGUCGUGAAUCCAUCGAGAGACUCGGCAUUCUAGAAGGAUUCGAGUGUAUGUGGCAGGAGAAUAAUUUAAGUAUUGCGGGGAACAGCGUUGACCUGGAGAUUGAGUUUGGUCAGCGAGAUGGGGUGGAUGCAGAUGUGGUCAGGGACGUGACGCUGCGGUAUGCUACGAGGGAGAUGGCAGAGGGUGAGAAGAGGGAGGCUGCAUCGGCUGUGUUGAAGGGCGUGUUGACUACGGAUGGAGAGGAUGGGGAGUGGAAGAGGGUGAGCGCCUUUCAUGCUAAUCUAACGCGGCUAGCGAGGUUGGAUGGACUGUGUAGGGAGGUGAACUGCUUUGAGGCCGUGGAGGGAGUGUAUGAGAGUAUGCGGAAGGUGUGGGAUGCAUCGUCCGAGGAGAGUCGGUUCUGGGAACGACUGUGCAGGAGCAGCGUUGGAUGCCCGACCAUGCACUGUGGAGAGAACGUCGGUCUGGCGGUGCAGUACUGGGUUGACCAGCGGCGGUUCCUCGAUGCACGACAUACCUCCCUCGACGAGAUCUUCACAGCCGCGUCUAGGCUGGAAAGGGGCAGACGCCAGCUAUACAACGCCGUCAUCGAGUGCGAGUCCGGCUACCCGCCACUACGCAUAUCCAAGAAUUGGGUAGACGAACCUACACUACUACAUGAUACUAAUAACACGACAGACGAAGAGACGAACGAGAACAAGAGAACGAACUGGCUGGAGCCGCCGCCGACGCUGGUCUCGACCGACCCUCUGCUGCCGUCGAGCCCACCCAACGUCCGCUUCGUGGCACGUCUCGAACCGGCCGUCCACGUACCCAUCGUCGUGGCAGCAGAGAUCUAUAGACUGGUCGGGAUAACGCUGCAGCAGGAGAUGAGGCCUGCCGCGUUCGAUGCGUUGGUUGUGCCUGUUGAACGGCGGACGAAGCCCGGCGGCGGACAGCAUGUGAGGGAGGUAACCACCUUUGAGAACGACCAGGCGGUAGGCAAGAAGCAUGUGUAUACCUUUCACGCGCUCGAGCAUGUGCCUGGCUUCACCGUGCGGGAGCUUCCCUUUUCUCACCCGCGCCAGGUGGAGGACGUCCUCCCUAUGCUACGACAGUACGCCCUGCUCGGCAGCUUGCUGGACGUGUUUGACCAGUCAAGCAGCAGCAGCAACAAGACUGACGAUCCUUCAGACGGCAGGGAUAGUUUCACCAGCAACAUUGACGCAGCUGAAACCCGGCUGACUUCGAUCCUCUCGUCUAAUGCGGCAACUCCAGCCAGAGACACGCGGAUCUCCAUCUCGCUACGCACGCCCAUCUCGUCACCACCGUGUCUGCUGCUGGUCUUCCCUCUCCAGCCCGUCUACCAACCCGCCAGCAUCACGAUCGAGGUGAGGCCCGAUGGCCGGCUGCAUGUCCCCUGCACGAGCGGGCUGGUGGAUCGCACGCACACGCGAGCAGAAGCGCAGGCCGAGGAGAGGAAGGUCUGUGGCUUGCUGGAACGCGUGCUGGAGACGAGCGAGGAUCUGGGGUUGCUGGUCGAGUGGCUUCAGCUUCCUCUCUUCUUCUUCCUCUCUUUCUCCCUUCUCUCUCCUUCUCUUCUAUUAUUUUACUCUCUUCUCGUACCUAUCUCUCACCUCUACUCUUUGCCUCCCUCUACCUUUACCACUACAACACCGUCCAAGCAGGACUAUCUCAUCCACUUCCUCAUCAUGGCGAACGUUCGUCGAUCUGACGCUGAAAAUCUCAAAAAAUAUCUGAGCCUCGACCAGCGUGGAAAGGUCCUCGCCGAGUACGUCUGGGUUGAUGCCAGUGGUGGCGUUCGCUCCAAAACAAAGACUCUCAACACCGCCGUCACCUCCCCCGACGAGCUCCCAGAGUGGAACUUCGACGGCUCCUCCACAGGCCAGGCUCCCGGCCACGACUCAGACAUCUACCUCCGCCCCUGCGCCAUCUUCCCUGACCCUUUCCGAGGCGGUGACAACAUCCUGGUUCUCUGUGAGACAUGGGACGCCGAUGGCUCGCCCAACAAGUACAACUACCGCCAUGAAGCCGCCCGUCUCAUGCGCACACACGAAAAGGAACAGUUCUGGUUCGGCCUAGAACAAGAAUACACCCUGCUCGAUUCCGAUGGCUGGCCGUUCGGAUGGCCCAAGGGUGGUUACCCCGGUGCCCAGGGCCCUUACUACUGCGGUGUAGGCACCGGCAAGGCCCAGUGCCGUGACAUCGUCGAUGCUCACUACAAGGCCUGUCUCUACGCCGGCAUCAACAUCUCCGGUAUCAACGCUGAGGUCAUGCCUUCUCAGUGGGAGUACCAGGUUGGACCAUGCGAGGGUAUUGCCCUUGGUGAUCAACUCUGGAUGUCUCGCUUCCUCCUCAACCGUGUCGCCGAAGACUUUGGUGUCGUCAUCAGUCUUGCUCCCAAGCCAAUCCCAGGUGACUGGAACGGUGCUGGUCUGCACUCCAACGUUUCCACCGCCUCCAUGCGUGCCGAAGGUGGCAUGAAGGUCAUCGAGGCUGCCAUGAAGAAGCUCGAGGCCCGUCACCCAGAGCACAUCGCCGUCUACGGUGAAGGAAACGAGGACCGUCUGACCGGUCGCCACGAGACUGGCAGCAUCGACAAGUUCAGCUGGGGAGUCGCCGAUCGCGGUGGAAGUGUCAGAAUCCCCAGACAGUGUGCAAAGGAUGGAAAGGGAUAUUUCGAGGACCGAAGACCCGCUAGUAAUGCGGAUCCCUACCAGAUCACGGGUAUCAUUGUUGAAACUCUCUGUGGCAGCUCUUAA